AUGAUUACGCCCGGAACUCCGCUGAUGUUCAACACCGAAACACAUCUGUCCGGUGGGCACCUCUUCAUCUUCAAGACACUCAUCACGCUCAGCGUACUCCAUUUUGUUGUCAAUCUGCCGGGUUAUCUAUACGCUCAAGUUAUCCUGCCUCAGAUGGCAGAGAGUUGGCACUCGACGUCGAAGGGUCGUCUGCUUUAUGAUUGUCUCUUUUUGGCAACCUUCACAAACAACGGCAUCCGCUUCUUCGUCCUCCUCGUCACAGUGCAUGGCUUCCGACGGCGUGUGUCGGCCAACCUGACCAGAUGGAUAACCCGCUAUUGCGACUGUGGCAGCGGAGCUGGCAACACGGGCCGUCGUAUAAAUGGCUCCCAAGAGAGCCUUACACGACCAACCAAAUCACUUUAUCAAAGUAAUGAUCUUCAGCUGCUUCCAGUAACUGACACUAUGGUUCACCAGCAGUCGUGUGCUUCAGUUCAGGUCCCAUUGCUACUGCGAACUCGUUUGUCGUUUAAGCGAAGCCUUGCUGAUUUCAUGCAUAGGACGCGCAGCAUAUCCAGGCCAGAAAAAGAGGCUGUAACUGUAUGUCAGGGCAAAGAUUUUACCAGUAGCGCUGCAAACAACUAUGCCUUUUAA